AGCUUGUUUUUCUUUUGGUUGCUUUCAUCGUUGAACAACUGAGUAGAGCAUGGUUCUCCUAAAAUGGGUGAGACUGAGAUUUGUGUGUUCCCUCGUGCGAACUAAACCGCGUUUAAACGCGUGUUUGGUGGGUUUCGACUUCACAGCCGUUGUUCGCCAACCCCAUUUCCUUUGGCGAAACAAACGGUCCCGAGGACGAUACACCAAGAAAAGAAGAACAGAGGAAGGAAAGGGAAGGAAACUCUUGUCAAUGUUUGAGCAGAAAAUAUGAACACGGAGAACAAGGAGGCUGAUAACUUGCUUCCAUCUUCUGCGGCUGCCCAGAGGAUAUCCAAUUUACCCAAAUAUUCCAGGUUUACACAGCAAGAGCUUCCUGCUUGGAAACCAAUUCUUACUCCUGGAUCGGUCAUUACAGCAUUCGUCUCUAUUGGAACUGCCUUCAUCUUUUUCGGCCUCAUUUCUUUGUUUGCAUCAGAGAGUGUGGUGGAAAUUGUAGACCGAUAUGACAAGGACUGCAUUCCUUCCGAUGAUGCACUGCCAUAUAUCCAAAGCACCCAAACUAACAAAACAUGCAUCAGGAAAUUGAUUGUUCCAAAAAAAAUGCGACCUCCUAUUUAUAUAUAUUAUCAGCUUGACAACUUCUACCAGAACCAUCGGCGAUACAUAAAGAGUAGAAGUGCCAAGCAAUUGCUCAGCAGGGCAUACGAGAAUGUUACAGGAGACUGUGAACCUGAACACAAAAGUAACAACCAGCCAAUCGUUCCUUGUGGCCUCGUUGCUUGGAGUUUGUUCAAUGACACAUAUGUGUUUUCGAUGAAUAACAAUGUGAUACAUGUCACUAGAAGGUUCAUAGCUUGGAGAAGUGAUAAGUCAAAAUUUGGGGAUGAUGUCUAUCCUAAGAAUUUCCAGAGUGGAAAGCUUAUCGGGGGUGGAAAACUUGAGGAGGACAAACCUUUGAGCGAGCAAAAUGAGCUUAUGGUUUGGAUGCGAACUGCAGCAUUACCAACUUUUAGAAAGCUAUAUGGAAUGAUUGAUGAAAGUGCUUUUGAACCCAACGAUGAGAUAACAGUUGUAAUACAGAACAAUUAUAACACCUACAGUUUUGGGGGCAAAAAGAAGUUGGUUCUUUCAACCACAAGUUGGAUAGGUGGAAAAAAUAAUUUCCUAGGAAUAGCAUACCUUGUAGUUGGCGGACUUUGCUUAUCUAUCACAAUAAGCUUCAUAGUUCUGUAUGUCAUGAAUCCAAGGCCUAUGGGGGAUCCAACCUUCUUGUCAUGGAACAGAAAUCCUGUCAGACGUUUAAACUAAGAUUUUUUGCUGUGAAUAUGUUUCGUCGAAUGGACCAUUUUAUUGAUGCUCUGCCUAACAUGUUGAGUUUCUCUCGAGCCAUGAAAAUGUUUGCCUUUGAGCUGCUAACUUCAUGAUGUUUGAUGACUUCCAAUCAGUGACUGCAGCUCUGCUGUUAUUGAAUGGUCUGAUUAUAUUUUGGAGUGCAAUGGAAAUGCAUUUAUUUGGUAGUAGUCAGUGUGUAUUAUUUUUACUUAUUUCUCCUUUUAGUUUCCAUUGUGAUCUCAAGAAAACAAGCAAAGCAAACCAUUUUGGUUAAUUAGUGAUUCAGUUGUCUAUAAUAGACUUAUAUUAGAAA